AUGCGCGAGAGAGAGGAGGCGGAGAAGAAUCUCGACGGACCAAGUCGAGGCUUGGCGGAAAUUCUGCCAGACACCGCGCCAAAACUCAACGCCGACUUUUGUCAACUCCUCAGCAACAUCACAACCAUGGCGGCCUUACCAACAAUGCGGCAGCUGGGCUGUCUGAGAGCUUUGCUCAAGACCCAGGAGGCUGUUCAGCCGCAAAUUGGUCGUCGAUUCAUCUCGACCAUCUACUCGCAGCGCCCCGAGCGCGUGCCUCUCCCUCCGAACCUCCCCAAGCAAUUCCUAUCACAAUUACCUGUGCGCAUGCAGCCGGAAAAUGGCCCCAAGCCCGUCAAGGUCUACCCUCCGCCCCCGUCCGCUCGCAACGCCUGCAAGGAUCCAGUCGGCAGUGUUACCGAUUCGCAAAUGACAGUUCUCGACCCCAAGGGAGACCGAAAGGCUCUAUUUGAUUACCGACGGAACACCCGCAGUGUCAAGCCCGGCGACAUUGUCCGAGUUACCUUCAAGAACGGCGACCCUUUCAACGGUGUUGUGCUGAGCAUCAAGCUCCGCGGUAUCGAUACCUCCGUCUUGCUACGGAAUGAACUCACCCGUGUGGGUGUCGAGAUGUCCGUUAAGAUCUUCAAUCCCAACAUUCAAAGUGUCGAAAUUGUCCAGCGUGCCAUGCGCAAGCCUCGCCGCGCCAGGCUGUUCUACAUGCGGUCCCGCAAGCAUGACCGCCGCAGUGUCGAGAACGUUGUGGCUGCUUAUAUCCGCCAGAAGAGGGCCUUCCUCGGUGGAAACAAGCGGUAA